CACUUGAAUUAUCCCCACUGAUUCAAAACAAACAAACCAGCAACCAAAACCAAAAUCCACAACACCAAAACAAUGUCAGCAGCCACCAGCAAGCGCAAACGAGACUCCUCCGCCGCCUCCGCCUCCGCCUCUUCUCCGCCACCACUGUACAACGGAGACACCAUCGACUUCUCCCUUCUCGAAGCCCUAGAGAACUCCCAGAAAGAAAACGCAGUAGAAGCACUCGACAUUCGCACACUUAAAAAGCUAGUCCUCUCAUUCGAACGCCGCUACAAAGAAAACAUCGAAGCCCGCCUCAAAUACCCCGACCAACCCGACAAAUUCGCCGAUUCCGAGCUCGAACUCCACCAAGAAAUUCAAAAGCUCAAAAUCUUGGCCGGCGGACCCGAACUUUACCCGGAGUUAGUAAAUCUCAACGCAAUUCCUUCGAUUCUUGGUUUACUUUCACAUGAUAAUACUGAUGUUUCUGUUGACGUUGUUCAAUUAUUACAAGAUUUAACCGACGAAGAUGUUUUUGAUGACAUUGAUACUGAUGAACCUGCUAGGGUUUUAGUUGAUUCACUUAUAGAAAAUAAUGUGUUAGAAUUAUUAGUUCAGAAUUUAGUUAGGUUAUCCGAGAAUGACCCCGAUGAAAUGGCUGCUGUUUAUAGUACUUUAGCUACUAUUGAGAAUUUGAUUGAAGUUAAUCCUGCUGUUGCUGAGCUAGUUUGUGAGAGGACUAAGAUUUUAAGAUGGCUGUUAGGGAAGAUUAAGGUUAGGGAAUUUGAUAGCAAUAAGCAAUAUGCGUCCGAGAUUUUAGCCAUUUUAUUGCAGAAUAGUAGUGCUAAUCAGAAAAGACUAGGGCAGAUGAAUGGUGUUGAUUUUGUUUUGCAAGCCGUGGCUAUGUAUAAGGCGAAGGAUCCGAAGACGUCUGAUGAAGAGGAGAUGGUUGAGAAUUUGUUUGAUUGUUUGUGUUGUCUUUUAAUGCCUUUGGAGAAUAAAGAAAGGUUUCUUAAGGCUGAGGGUGUUGAGUUGAUGAUUAUUAUUAUGAAGCAGAAGAAAUCUGCAUAUAGUUCUGCUAUUCGAGCUCUUGAUUUUGCUAUGACCAAGUAUCCACCUGCCUGUGAACGGUUUGUUGAUGUUCUGGGUUUGAAGACUGCUUUUGCUGCUUUCAUGGGUAAGAUUCCCAUUAACAAGAAAAACAAGAAAGACCAGUAUCAAGAGGAAUUAGAAGAGCGCAUCAUAUCCCUCAUCGCAUCAUUAUUUGGAGGAAUUUUGAGAGGAUCAAGAAGAGAAAGACUGCUGAGUAAAUUUGUGGAAAAUGAAUACGAGAAGAUAGAUCGCCUUAUGGAACUCUAUAUCAGAUAUUCAGAUAGAGUAAAAGUAGAAACUGAACGGAUGGACCAGCUUGAACUUGAUGAUCUAGAGAUGGAUGACGAGGAAAGAUACAAUAAAAGACUUGAAUCAGGACUCUACACUCUUCAGUUGAUAGCUGUUAUUUUGGGUUAUCUUUGGUGCUCCGAGCAUCCUGGAAUGACAGGAAGAAUUGAACUUUUACUGAAGCAGCACAAACUCACUGGGAGUGAUGUUAAAGACAUACUACAGGAAUAUCACGAUAACAUUGGCGAUAUUGAUGGACCUGAGGAGAAAGAGCGCGCACAGACUAGAAUCCAGAAAUUUAUCUCAGCUUUUUAAUCAUUGAAUAUUUUUUUGUAGCAUUGUUAGAUGGAUUGCAAUUACUCUCUUGCUUGAUUAGGCCUUUGAUGAUGAAGUGCUUGUGGGUGGCAUAACGGCUAUAUUGGAAAGCCUCCGCAGGUUAAGUGAUGAUGUUGAAGUUAACAUUUUAGCUGCAUUUGUAGAAAGAAGUGAAGGGGAGAAAACUGUCCCUUUAGGGCUUGAAUCGUCUCUUUGAACUCAUGUAUGCCCUGCAGCAACACACAUGAGACCAGAUGAAAUACUUUUAUGAGCAUAGUGAUUAUAGUUAUAAACAUGGUUCGUAAUCUCUUCAAGUAUUCUUUUAUGAAGAAGUAUUGAUUUGCUA